AUGUCUGAAAAUGAGGCGGCUCAGAAUUCCAGUCCCAGAUUGUCGGAGGAGCGGGAACAGCAGAAUGUGGUGCAGCGUGUGGUGGCCCUACCCCUGGUCAGGGCCACCUGCACUGUGGUCUCUGAUGCUUACACUGCGGCCAAGGACAAACACCCGCUGCUGGGCUCUGCCUGCCGCCUGGCUGAGCAUUGUGUCUGUGGCCUGACCUCACGAGCCCUGGACCACGCCCAGCCACUGCUUGACCACCUACAGCCUCAGCUAUCCACAAUGAAUGACCUCGCCUGUAGGGGGCUGGACAAGCUGGAGGAGAAGUUGCCCUUUCUCCAGCAGCCUUCUGAGACGGUGGUGACCUCAGCCAAGGAUGUGGUUGCCAGUAGCGUGACAGGCGUGGUGGGUCUAGCACAGCGGAGCCGGCGCUGGAGUGUUGAGCUGAAACGUUCCAUGAGCCACGCCGUGGAUGUCGUGCUGGGCAAGUCGGAAGAACUCGUGGAUCACUUCCUGCCCAUGACAGAGGAUGAACUCGCGGCGUUGGCAGCUGAGGCCGAUUCCCCCGAUGUGGCCUCGGUAGAGGAUCAGAGAAAACAUCAGGGCUACUUUGUACGUCUGGGCUCCCUGUCAGCGCGACUCCGCCACCUAGCAUAUGAGCAUUCUCUGGGAAAACUGAAACAGAGCAAACAUCGGGCUCAGGACACUCUGGCUGAGCUUCAGGAGACACUGGAACUGAUCGACUUCAUGCAGGGUGGGGCCAGCCCUGUUGUCCCCACCCGCCCAGGAAAGGUGCACCAGCUAUGGGGAGAUUGGAACCAGUGCGCCACUAAGAAUGGCCGCAGCCGGAGCCAGGCAGAGCUGGAGACGUUGGCACUGUCACGCAGCCUAACGUGGGAGCUGAAGAGCACUGUGGAUGCGUUACAGACCAGUGUGCGGGGCCUGCCCCCCAGCGCCCAGGAGAAGGUGGCCGAGGUGCGGCGUAGCGUGGACGCACUGCAGUCCGCCUUCGCCGACGCCCGCUGCUUCCAGGACGUGCCAGCAGCUGCGCUGGCAGAAGGCCGGGGCCGCGUGGCACGGGCCCACGCCUGCGUGGACGAGUUACUGGAGCUGGUGCUGCAAACUGUACCACUGCCCUGGCUCGUGGGGCCCUUUGCGCCGAUCCUAGUGGAGCGGUCAGAGCCCGUACCCGACCUUACUGCCCUGGUAGACGAGGUCGUCGGGGGUCCCGACCCCCGCUGGGCGCACCUGGACUGGCCUGCCCAGCAGAGAGCCUGGCAGGCCCAGCAUGGUGACGGCCCGGGCCUCCAGGUGGACGUUCUUGAGGAGGAACCCGAGCCCCCCAGCCGCCCGGUCAAGCACACUCUGAUGCCAGAGCUGGACUUCUGA